CAGUUUGAAGUCACCUGCUGCAAUGUCAAGCGAAGGUGUCUUGUUAUAAAGCGAGAUAAGACAAGAAUCUUUUUUCCACUCUACCUUCUGACGGAAAAAGAUGCUUUUGCUGUUUUUCUUCGUGUCAGCUUUUUCUUUUUGUGAGGCUUCUGAAUACAAAUUUAGCCUCACAAGAACAACUGAUUGGCAAUUUGUGGGCCGUCGCGUUAAAUACACACUCACAAUGACUAUUCCCGAGUCCACGGAACUGAAAACAAAAAUCAAGCUUCCAUUUAACGGCACGGCCAUUCUACGACUAACGGCGGCGAAGAUUACUGAGGUGAGCAAGCACCUGACUAUCGACAACAACGCCACCAACAUGACGUCAUCGGGAAACGACGGUUUGAUUGACAUCGCGUUCUUUAACUUCGGGACUGUCACGCGAACUUCAUUUGGAAACGACACUAAGAUUAAGAUUGAGUUUGAGGUUCAAGUGAUGAACCAUGAGCAGAUUGUCAAUGGUGGCUUGCAGUGGGUCAGUGUUGGGACGCAGUACGGCACGAAUCAGUCCGUGUGGGCGGCAAUGCUGGCUGUCAAGACGGUUUAUACGGCCUGCAAAAGACCCGUAUUGAAUGUUGACUUCUCUGGACUUCCGCCUACCGGUCACGCCGUGCUGUUUGGAGACCAAAUCACCCUCCGUUUGGUUGUGUCCCAUUCGUCUCUGACAACAGACAUUGUGGACAGCGGCACAGUUCAACUACCUUUACCGUCGUUCCUUACGUACCACAAUCACACCACACUCGAUGAUUCAGUCAGUGUAGUUGUUUCCAACGUUGCUUCGACAGUUUCUAUUACGUUUGGAACACUUGAGCUUGCUCAAACGGUUGGCGUAAAAAUAAAGGUAAACCUUGAUCCAGGAAAAACACGAGCCGAAGGGAAAAUUCACGACUGCACAGUGCACGUGAACCUUAAGUACAACGGGUCAGCGGAUACCUGCACCUCCUCCUCAGGCUCACGAGAAUUUGCUCACGAAGGGCCAUCGUCCACUUCUUUCAAAUACUACGUGAAAAAAGCUGCAUGUGACGAGCCUCUUGGCAUGGAGGAUGGUUCUAUCUCUGAUGCCCAGAUCACAGGCUCGUCUUAUUCUCCUGAAAGGGAACCACACAAGGCCAGGUUGAAAAACCAAUGGGCCUGGAUGCCAAAUGGACCUUUAGCGAAGGAGAGAUCGCAGUUUCUCCAGGUCAACUUUACGAGUAAAGUGAAAGUUGUCAGACUCGGCGUUCAAGGCUAUGACGAUUGUUUCGUCACCAGUCUCUCCUUGUUCUUCAGCGACGACGGCGUGAUUUGGAAGCCUUUCAAAGAGGGUGGCAAAAUCAAGGAAUUCUCCGCCAGUGUGAGGAUGGUUGUACUUCCCAUUCCUAUCAAAGCCGUGUAUAUUCGGAUCAAUCCAACAAAUUGGCGGAAAUGCAUAGCCCUCAGGGUCGAGUUCUACGGCUGUGAGCUGGGUCAGCAGCCAACUUCUCCGGAUGCCUUGAAAUUCACGAGCCGCGGAUACUUGCUGGAUAAAGACAAUAACGUCAUGUAUGUUUGCAGCGUGCCAAUGAAAAGUAAGAAGGGUGCACCUAAGUGCUACCUCAGCAGUGACCAUGGUGAAACAUGGACAGGUAUGGACAAUCGCCUUUACGUUAUCCUUGGACACGACACCGCCACAAAAACUAUGUUCGGGGUCAGCGGGAAUGGGAAAACGAUUCUGAAAAGCUCAGAGGACCACAAAGCAAGAUUUAAGGCUGUUCCUCAAGACGAGUGGUUCAAAGUCAAAGAUAAGGCCACCACAACACACGCUAUGUGGCUUGAUAGCAGCAUGGCUGUCACCAAUACCAGCAGCACACCCCCGACUGAGCACAUAGUCACUUCGACCAGCGGUGCCAAGUGGGGAGCCUCUGCCAACGGCAUUCACGUGCUACAGCAGUCGUCAGGGUGGAAACUGAAAGCAAUUUGGAUGUGUUACGACUUUGGGUACAUCGAUGUACACGUCUGUUCUGGGGGUUAUAGCGACCCCUCUAACGGAAAUUGCAUCGGAAACAAUGCCUCAAUCAAGGUGGACAGUGUGGAAAAAAUUGUAAACCCGGGUCGUGGAUACAAUGUAGUGGUGUUAAACAGAGGAGGGCGCUUCAUUGAUUCUGUGGUAUUCGACGCGUAUGCUUCAUCAACAGCCGACGAUGAGCUAGGUGCGUACAUUGACGGUCUUCAAGAAAAUGUCAUUGUUCUAAUUGCUGUGAUGGACGAGGCAACCUUCGGAAACAAUGCAAGUGAAGAGGAUAAGAUGGGCGCCAAUCUGCAGCUGUUAAGCCUCGGAGCCAAGCAUCCAAGACCCCCUGGGAAUCGAGCCUCGUGGGCCCUCGUUGGUUACAAGGGGCCUCGCGAUGGCGUGGAUUGGAUUCGACAGGUACAAGCUCCAGCAUUUCAAGGUCCCUCAGAGAUUUCAGUUCAAAUCCCAAAAAUCACUGGGGGCUGCAUGUAAUCCGUCAUACUUUCAUUUGAGCCAAUGUUCAUGUACGUGAGCACAUAAACGAUUCUUUGUCAUUAAACUAUAAUAAACCAGUAGAAAUCUUAGCGGAACAUACAGUAGAAUAAGGCACGCUAAUUUGACUAAUCACCACCCGCGUAGUAUCAGAGUUUUAUAACACACAUCUAAGUGUGGAAAAGCAAACUAUGCAAUUCAGUAAUGUGAUCAAUCUAUUCUUGAAUAUAACUUACGCGAUAGAGGAAGCUUAUUGCAAAGGGGCGUAUGUUGGCAGGAGGGCGCUAAAUUGAAUAAUAAUGGUGUGACCGUUCAGUACUUGAUUAAAAGUGAUGGAAAGAAAUAACUCAUUAAUUUUCUUACAUGCAUCAAUUAAUUUAUAAGUGUCAUGCGUGGAAAGAGGUUGCCCUCGGUAUCCAAGCCAAGCUCCUUCACCGCCAGGGUGGGCACAUGGCCCAGGCACUGGCCUAUCUGCUGGUGGUUUGCUGGCAGCCAGCUGUCAAACUCAGUGGGGAGGGGAGGGGAGGGUGUAUUGUAGUGAUACCCCCAGCAAGCUAGAAUUUGAGUUUUUAGUGUUAAAUAACCUUGAUAUUCACUGUGUUUCUGGGUAUUUUACCUAGUUGUUGAACCUUGUGUGAGCGUUCUGUGUUGACAUGGCACCCUGCUGGUGUAGUCCAUGCCACGUGCAUGCCUGACGGGCCAAUCUCCUAGCCAGGGGGGUGGUCUGAUUAUUUAUGGCCAGUGGGACUGUCUUUGAGUCAAUGUGGACAUGUUUUUGCGAAUUCGGUCAGAUAUACAGCAAGCCUAUAAAUUAAAUCAAUAUUAAAUCAAUAAUAAUAAAUAAUCAAUGAUAAAUUAAAUCAAUAAUAAUUAGAAAAAAAUAAAUUUAAUAUUGACGAUAGUCACAUUUACAAGUAGCCCUCAAUUUUAGAAAAUUAAAAGUCUCUAAGUUCUUAUGAAAUUCGUUUAAAUUACGUGACUGUUUAAUUUAUGUAGGUAGUUCUUUCCAUAGAUGUGUAACCUUAUACGUGAAAGAAUCAUGGUAGUACCGGUUGUUAUAAGAAGGUUGAAC